AUUAAAUUAUGUUCAAGAAACUAGAAGAUCUUUCUAAACCAACUUUGCUUUCUAAAACUGGGGUUAAGGAAUUGAAAUAAUCAUUCAAUACUUAAUACCCUUUUUUCAAAGAAAUUGAAGAUGAAGUUUUUCCUAAAAAAGCUAACAUCUAAUCAUUUAAAUUAAGAAGUGAAUACAAAGUUGAAAUCGUCUAAGUUGAUAAAGAUUAUAUCUGCUUUACUAAAGAGGAUUUAGUAAUUCCACAUUUGAAAUUAGUCCACAAAUUUCCAGAUCUUCUCAUCAAAUAAUAAGUUGAUACAGGAGCUAUAAAACAUAUUUUAAGUGGUUCUGAUGUCUUAGCUCCUGGACUCAUUUCUUAAGGAAGCACUCUUAAUCCUGUAAAUCGCAUUACUAAAUAUAUUUUAGGCUGAAAAAGGGUAGGUUGUAGCUAUCUAUGGUGAAGGCAAAGAAAAUGCUAUGGGAAUAGGCAUUAUGAAUGCAAGUUCUGAACAAAUUAAAGAAGACCCUAAAGGUCAUGCAAUUUAAUUGUUACAUCAUCUUGGUGAUUCCUUAUGGUAAUUAAGUUUUAAGUGAAUUGAUUAUUUGUC